AUGGACUCAAACUACGCCUGUUCUCCUGAUGUGCAGUACGAGCUGACGUUUGAUACAUCGACACAGUCUCAUUACUGCGCUGCGUCAAAUACUGACCCGUGCGAGAUGGAGGCGUGCCUUUGUGACUUGGAUCUUAUCACGCAAAUGGUGCAGGAAGCUCCAACUUACGAUUCUUACCAGGUUCUUGACGGGUACAACUACCCUGUCUGUGAAUCCCCUGAUUCGCCAUCAUUCCCAGUCGACAGCUGUUGCGGCGAGUAUCCAGAGCGAUAUCCUUUUUCUCAAGUUUCUGGAAAAGGCUGCUGCAACAACAAAGUCUACAAUACAAACAUGUUCCAGUGUUGCGAUGGAAUGGACAUCGAGCCAAUUGGAACUUGCUCCGUUGACCCAUGUUUUCCGGAUCCUUGUGCAAACGGAGUCUGUGUUCCCGUCAAUACUGCGCGCAACUUCGACAACUUUCAGUGCAACUGCGAGACAGGCUGGACUGGUGAGCUCUGUGAUCAGCCGACUUGUGAUCACCUGGACUGUUCCAGCAACGGUGCUCCUUACUGGAAUGGCGACGGAUGCAUCUGUCACUGUGACGAAGGAUUCACUGGCAGCAAUUGCGAAGAAGGAGUGUGCGAUGACUGGCCCUGCCUAUUUGAAGGCGAGGCACAGUAUCUUCCGGACGGCAGUUGCGGUUGCGUAUGCCAAGAUGGUUUUAGUGGCGACGUGUGUCAAAUCACUCAGUGCACUUCAGAUCCGUGUCAAAAUGGAGGAAGCUGCUCACUCACGCAAGCUACGUAUAUGUGCACUUGCGUAGCACCUUUCGCGGGGGUGAAUUGUGAGAUAAGCCCCUGUGAGCCAAGUCCUUGUGAAAAUGGGGGCGAAUGCUCUUUGAAUUCCAAUGGAUAUGUCUGUACGUGCCCUGAAACGCAUACUGGCGAACACUGCGAACAAGAAAUCACAACUACGACUACAACCACGACAACUACCACUACCACAACAACUACCACUACUACUACAAUAACAACUACCACUACCACAACAUCUACAACAACAACUACAACAACAACUACAACAACGACAACAACAACGACAACAACAACAACUACAACAACAACUACGACAACAACUACAACAACAACCACUACAACUACCACGACAACAACAACUACAACAACAACUACAACAACAACUACAACAACCACUACAACAACAACUACAACAACAACUACAACAACAACUACAACAACAACUACAACAACAACUACAACAACAACUACAACAACAACUACAACAACAACUACAACAACAACUACAACAACUACCACUACAACUACAACCACUACAGCAACAACUACUACUUCUACCACAACAACGACAACUACGACCUCCACAACAACUACAACAACGACGACUACAACUCCAAACCCAUGCGAUCCUAAUCCAUGUCUGAACUCAGGAAUUCCGAUUAUAAACGGUGGAAGUUGUACCUGUAUUUGUAUGCCUGGAUAUGAUGGAGAUGUUUGCCAAAUUACUCCAUGCACUUCGAAUCCCUGCUUUAACAAUGGAACAUGUAGUGUGGACGAGUCGACAUAUCUUUGUAGUUGUCCGCCUGGCUUCAGCGGCGAAGAAUGCCAAGUCACGCCUUGUACUCCAGAGCCUUGUUUGAAUAACGGUACAUGUGCUGUGGACGGAUCGACGUAUCAAUGCAGCUGUCCGCCUGGCUUCAGCGGCGAAGAAUGCCAAGUCACGCCUUGUACUCCAGAGCCUUGUUUGAAUAACGGUACAUGUGCUGUGGACGGAUCUACGUAUCAAUGCAGCUGUCCGCCUGGCUUCAGCGGCGAAGAAUGCCAAGUCACGCCUUGUACUCCAGAACCUUGCUUGAAUAACGGUACAUGUACUGUGGACGGAUCGGCGUAUCAAUGCAGCUGUCCGCCUGGCUUUAGCGGCGAAGAAUGCCAAGUCACCCCUUGUACUCCAGAGCCUUGCUUGAAUAGCGGCACAUGUACUGUAGACGGAUCUACGUAUCAAUGCAGCUGUCCGCCUGGCUUCAGCGGCGAAGAAUGCCAAGUCACCCCUUGUACUCCAGAGCCUUGCUUGAAUAACGGUACAUGUACUGUAGACGGAUCGACGUAUCAAUGCAGCUGUCCGCCUGGCUUUAGCGGCGAAGAAUGCCAAGUCACCCCUUGUACUCCAGAGCCUUGCUUGAAUAGCGGCACAUGUACUGUAGACGGAUCUACGUAUCAAUGCAGCUGUCCGCCUGGCUUCAGCGGCGAAGAAUGCCAAGUCACCCCUUGUACUCCAGAGCCUUGCUUGAAUAACGGUACAUGUACUGUAGACGGAUCGACGUAUCAAUGCAGCUGUCCGCCUGGCUUUAGCGGCGAAGAAUGCCAAGUCACCCCUUGUACUCCAGAGCCUUGCUUGAAUAGCGGCACAUGUACUGUAGACGGAUCUACGUAUCAAUGCAGCUGUCCGCCUGGCUUCAGCGGCGAAGAAUGCCAAGUCACCCCUUGUACUCCAGAGCCUUGCUUGAAUAACGGUACAUGUACUGUAGACGGAUCGACGUAUCAAUGCAGCUGUCCGCCUGGCUUUAGCGGCGAAGAAUGCCAAGUCACGCCUUGUACUCCAGAGCCUUGCUUGAAUAAUGGUACAUGUGCUGUUGAUGCAUCUUCAUAUACCUGCACAUGCCCGCCCGGCUACUCAGGAAGUGACUGCGAGAUUACUCCCUGUACGCCUCUUCCUUGUCAGAACAAUGGGACUUGCUCAGAAGAUGCUGAUUCUUACGUCUGUACCUGUCCGCCCGGCUACUCAGGAACUGAUUGCGAGAUAACACCCUGUACGUCUCUUCCAUGCCAGAAUAAUGGAACUUGCUCAGAAGAUGCUGAUUCUUACGUCUGUACUUGUCCGCCCGGCUACUCAGGAACUGACUGCGAGAUUACUCCCUGUACGCCUCUUCCAUGUCAGAACAAUGGAACUUGCUCAGAAGAUGCUGAUUCUUACGUCUGUACCUGUCCGCCCGGCUACUCAGGAACUGACUGCGAGAUAACACCCUGUACGCCUCUUCCUUGUCAAAACAAUGGGACUUGCUCAGAAGUUGCUGACUCUUACGUCUGUACCUGCCCUCCCGGCUACUCAGGAACUGACUGCGAGAUAACACCUUGUACGUCUCUUCCAUGCCAGAAUAAUGGAACUUGCUCAGAAGAUGCUGAUUCUUACGUCUGUACUUGUCCGCCCGGCUACUCAGGAACUGACUGCGAGAUAACACCCUGUACGUCUCUUCCAUGCCAGAAUAAUGGAACUUGUGCUAUUGAUGGAGCUUCUUACACGUGCACAUGCCCAGCUGGAUACACUGGUGCCAACUGCGAAGAAGAUCCCUGUUUUAGCGAACCUUGCUUUGGCAAUUCAACCUGCAAUGUCGUCGGCUCAUCGUAUCAGUGUGACUGCCCGAUCGACUAUUCUGGAAUUCAUUGCGAGAUCUGGCAGUGCUCGACAUUGAUCUGCUUAAACAAUGGAACUGCAACAUACAACAACACAAAUGAUGGAUGCGAGUGCGAAUGCAUCUCCGAAGAAACUCCAGAAGGCAAUUUUACUUAUGUCGGUGACCACUGCGAGUAUCGCUUCCCAGGAGUUUGUAUUCCCUCGCCAUGCGGCAAUGGAACGUGCGUCGAGCUAACUCAAACUUUACACGAUUGCGCCUGUGACUUCGGCUACCAGGGCGAAAACUGUGACCAAGUGUGCAAUACAACAAUCUCCGGCAGAUUGGACAUUUCGAUUGUUAUUGACACCUCUGGCUCGCUGACAUCGGCACCGAAUAAAGAUCAAGUGCUCAUGAACUUUACAAAUAAUCUCGCCAACAUGUACGAUACUGUCAAUCAAGUCAAAAUUGGCUUGACAAGCUUUUCCGAAUCAGCAGUCCUGGAAAUGCCAUUGGAUUUCUACAAUCAAUUAGAGCUUCAAGAUGGUGUUUCAAAUAUGACUUGGCAAGGAAGCUUUACGAACAUCACUUCAGGAGUAGAAACAGCCUUCAACGACAUGGAUACGACAGAUUCUGUUGACGAUGUGAUGAUUUUGAUCACAGAUGGAUUCCAGUCGACAAACACAACGGCAAUGUUUCAAUUGAUAGAUCAGGUAAAAGCAUCAGGGGUUCGACUGAUCGCGCUUGGUUUUUUCGGCGAUUUCGCGUUCUACUCACCGAAUCUGUACUUGAUGACGAACGAAGUCUAUCACGCAGCCAACUAUGCGGAACUAUUGGCAAUUGACAACACGAUCUUUGAGACCAUUUGCUCUGAUGGUGUCAUCCCCAAUGGUGUAGCCGCUGGCGAGAGUGCUAGUGACUUUGAAAAGACCUUUACGGAUGUCAACGCUACCGAAGUUUUCAUGAUGCAAGCAGCUCAUGACUUUUUCGAUUUGAACGGUGAUUUUCCAUCGUGGAUCCAGAGCAUUGUCCCUGGAUUGAGCUAG